CUUCAUUGCCACCACCUUUUGCGUAGGACUGGAAAAACCCUCGUUUUUUCCUUCCUCUAUGUCGGUUUCCUAUCUGACAAUUCUUCUGCAACUUCCAUCCAUUGUUUUCACUCAUUCAAUUGUUAUUUAGAGCGUUAGCUAUCUGCUCGUAUUAAGGUGUCUGGACUGAGCUUCGCUGUCAUAUCUAACUCUUUUGACAGCUCGAGAUGGAGAAUUCGGAGGCGAAAGUUGCAUGUGGGAACUCACACGAGAAAGACUAUUUGCAGUGUGUCAGAGUGGCCGUGAAUAUCAGGCCUCUCAUUACUGCAGAGCUUAUGAUGGGAUGUACGGAUUGCAUCAGCGUCGUACCUGGAGAACCACAGGUGCAAAUUGGUUCUCAUGCUUUUACAUUUGACCAUGUUUAUGGGAGUACUGCCUCACCUUCUUCCACUAUUUAUGAUGAUUGUGUUGCUCCAUUGGUUGACGCACUCUUCCAUGGCUAUAAUGCAACAGUUCUUGCUUAUGGACAGACUGGUUCGGGGAAGACUUAUACAAUGGGAACAAAUUACACCGGGGAAGCAAAUAGUGGUGGAAUUAUACCAAAAUUUAUGGAAACUAUAUUCUCCAGUGUGGAGACAAUGAAAGAGAAAAUUGAGUUUCUCAUUAGAGUGUCGUUUAUUGAGAUUUUCAAAGAAGAAGUUUUUGAUUUGCUUGAUCCAAAUCCACCAGCAUUUUCAAAAGUUGAAGGAGCUUCACUUGGAAAGCCUGUUGUGCCUGCAAGAGUCCCUAUACAAAUUAGAGAAACAGCAAGUGGUGGAAUAACACUUGCUGGUGUUACUGAGCCAGAGGUUAGGACAAAGGAAGAGAUGGCAACAUUUUUAUCAAGGGGUUCUCUGUCUCGUGCUACAGGAAGUACCAAUAUGAAUAGCCAGUCAAGUCGCUCUCAUGCCAUCUUCACAAUAACUAUGGAGCAAAAGAAAAUCAGUAGUGCAUUGGUAAUCGAUGAUGAUGUUGGUGACGAUAUUCUUUGCUCAAAGCUUCAUUUAGUGGACCUUGCUGGUUCUGAACGUGCAAAACGAACAGGAGUAGAUGGUUUGCGCUUCAAGGAAGGUAUUCAUAUUAACAAAGGAUUACUGGCUCUUGGCAAUGUGAUAAGUGCUUUGGGCGAUGAAAAAAAGAGGAAGGAAGGAGGACAUGUUCCAUACCGUGAUAGCAAGUUAACACGCUUAUUGCAGGAUUCUCUUGGAGGAAAUAGCAAAACAGUUAUGAUUGCUUGUGUUAGCCCUGCUGAUACAAAUGCUGAGGAAACAUUAAACACCUUGAAGUAUGCCAACCGGGCUCGCAACAUUCAGAAUAAGGCCAUUGUUAAUCGUGACCCAGUGGCUGCUCAGAUGCAAAGGAUGCGGAAUCAAAUUGAACAGUUGCAGACUGAGCUUCUCUAUUUCCGUGGUGAAGGGCGUACACCUUUUGGAGAGCUUGAGGUUCUUAAACAAAAAAUCUCAGUACUUGAAGCAAGAAAAGCAGAACUUCAUCAGGAGCUUCAAGAAUGUCGAAAUACUUGCGAUCAUUUGGCACAGCGUGCUAUUGAUGCUCAGGUUGAAAAGGAUAAAUUGAUCAUGAAAAUUGAAUCAGCUAGAAAUGGAAAAUCUUGGAAUGAGAUUGACUGUGGUGAUAUAAAACAGGAGUGUGAUCUAAUGAAGAGUUAUGUGUCAAAAAUUCAAGAACUGGAAGGGGAGCUGUUGCGCCUGCAGAAUCUGAACAACCGUAGCAGUAGUCGAUUUAUAGAUUGCCUUGACCUAGAAGAUGAUGGGAUGAGAUCUAAAAAUGCCUACCUUGCUAGUCUCCAUGACAUUCCAUCUGUUUGUGAUGGUAAAGCCAUUGAGGUUUCUGAUGAGAUUUAUGAAGUGGAAAAGGUGUUGGAACGUUCUUCUAUUAAGAAUAAAUUAGACAGGGAGCUCCAAGAAUUGGAUAAACGACUUGAACAAAAGGAGGCUGAAAUGAAGCGGUUUGCAAAAGUUGAUACAUCAGUCUUGAAACAACAUUAUGAAAAGAAGGUUCAGGAGUUGGAGCAAGAAAAGAAAGCUUUGAUGAAGGAGAUUGAGGACCUAAAGUUCAACCUUGCAAACAUUUCAUCUACUUCAGAUGAUGGUGCUCAGAAAUUAAAGGAAGAAUAUCUUCAAAAAUUGAACAUUCUUGAAGCACAGGUGUCAGAGUUGAAGAAGAAACAAGAUGCUCAAUCUCAACUCUUGAGACAGAAGCAAAAAAGUGAUGAAGCAGCAAAAAGAUUACAAGAAGAAAUUCAAAGAAUAAAAUCUCAAAAGGUCCAGUUGCAACAUAAAAUCAAGCAAGAAUCUGAGCAGUUCAGGUCAUGGAAGGCAUCACGUGAAAAGGAAGUCCUUCAGCUCAAGAAGGAGGGGAGAAGGAAUGAGUAUGAACUGCAUAAAUUAUUAGCUUUGAAUCAGAGGCAAAGGAUGGUUUUGCAAAGGAAAACUGAAGAAGCUUCUUUGGCCACAAAACGGCUAAAGGAGCUAUUGGAAGCUAGGAAAGCUUCAUCACGUGAAGUAUCUGGUUCUGGAAAUGGCAAUGGUCCUGGAAUUCAGGAGAAGGCAUUGAUGCAAGCAGUUGAACAUGAGCUAGAAGUCACUGUGCGAGUCCACGAAGUCCGUUCAGAAUAUGAGCGACAAAUGGAAGUGAGAGCUGCCAUGGCAAAGGAAGUAGCAAAGCUAAAGGAAGAAGCAGAAUUUCUGAAACAGAAAAAUAUGAGUGACUGCUCUCAGACAAUGUCUCCUGGUGCAAGAAAUUCAAGGAUUUUUGCACUGGAAAAUAUGUUAGCUACUUCUUCUAGCACCCUUGUGUCCAUGGCCUCACAAUUAUCAGAAGCAGAGGAGCGUGAACGUGUCUUUAGUGGAAGAGGCCGUUGGAAUCAAGUACGGUCCAUUGAUGAAGCCAAAAAUGUAAUGAAUCAUCUGUUCAACUUAGCAUCUUCUUCAAGGUGUCAAUUGCGAGAUAAAGAAGUAGACUGUAGAGAGAAGGAUGAUGUAAUACGAGAGUUAAAGGAAAAGGUUGUCAGACUCACUAAUCUGGUUAAACAGUUAGAAGUACAAAAGGCAGAAAUUCUUCAUCAGGAAAAGUUGCAGAAACUGGCAUUGAAGAGCUGCUCAAUGGAUAGUGCGUCCAAUUCUAACACUGGGGAAGGACAUAUUUAUGAUCUACGCAAGGGUCCUAGGAGCUCUAUUAUAUUCAACUGUGGAAGCAACCAUGAGUUGUUGGAGGACAUGGAUACAUCUGAAUCAGAUUGUUCUGAUUUGGCUGAUGAAGAUUGGGAUGAAUCCGAGGCAAUUGACGAUGAAUGGGUAGAGUCAGGUAAGUGGCAGGUGAAGAGGGGUUGUAAAACUAAACCACGAACAAAAGUUAUAGCCAAUUCCUUGGACACCAAUGUUCCAGACAAUUUGAAUUCAGAGACUUCGUGUGCAGAAAGUAUCCCUAAACUGGGACCUCAAUCAGGUGCAUGUUGUUGUAGUAAAAAUUCCUCUUGUAAGACUUUGAAAUGCGAGUGCCGUGCUGUUGGGGCCACAUGUGGGGUUUCUUGUGGCUGUAAAGCAACUAAAUGCGCAAAUAGAGGACCUAUUGAAGUCAAGGAGGAUGAGCCACGCCUGUCAGAGUUGAUUGAAAGUAGUGAGAACCACAUUGGUAGUGAUGAAACUGAGAAGAAUAAGAUUCUUGCCUCUCAUGGUGCAACGCUUCUUCAAGGUGCAUUAGCUGAGAAGCCUGUCAAGGUGAAUGAGGACGGGACCCAGAGGCGACCCCUGUCUGACAUUGGGAACACUAUGCCCAAGCCAAAUGUACCAAAACCGAACAAGAGAAAGAAAAGGCAGAAGUCGUUCAUCCAGCUUGUUCCAGUAGUUCAGCCUUCAAACCAAUCAGAAAAUACUGAAGCCCCAACAAGGCUAGAAACCAGUGCAGUUGAGUCAGAUGUUCCUUUGAAGUUACCAAGGGCAAUGAGAUCUACAGCCAUGAGUAAUAAUAAUCCCUUGAAGGAGAGGAAUUCUGAUCAUGUAGAUGAAUCCAUUGUCAACAAGGAGGUCGGAACUGUUGGCUCAAGAAGUCCUCGACAGGCAGGAACUUUGGAAGAGAAAGAAAACAAUGUUAUCUGAUUUAUAAUAAUUCUUGUUUCUGGUUGGUGAAAAUCAAUCACUGCCAAGGCUAUUGGGUCAACAACCGGAACCUGGUUGUCAUCGGGUUUCUGAUAGAGCCUUAAGUUGCUGUAGAGCAGUGAGGAAUGUUUUUCUUUUCUCUUGGGAGGUGGGAGGGAGUAAUGGGCGUAGGUUGAUCAAUGUUCUCUUUUUGAUCAGUCUUGGCUGAUUCAGAAGAAGUGGAACAAUUAAAUCCAGUUGUAAGCUGUAAACUAAUAUUAAUAUUUCUUUUUAUUCUUUA